AUGAUGCUCCUGUGGUCUGGACUGUACCCGCCGCUCAGAGGGCUCAUGUCAUGUGGUCAAACUAGGCGCCUAAAACAGUACCACAAGCUGCAACUUCACAAUCCUACAACAACCUGCUGGACCACAGAUACCACAUCUUGUUAUAAGUUGUCCCUGGGGCAGACCUGGGGCCAGCACUGGGGCAGACCCUUUUGGUGGAGACCUGGGGCAGUACCCUGGGAGAGGCAGACCCUGGGGCAGAACCUGGGGCAGACCCUGGGGCAGACCCUGGGGCUGACCCUGGGGGCUGACCUGGGGCAGACCCUGGGGAGGUCCCUGGGGCUGACCCUGGGGCAGGUCCAUGGGGAAGGACCCUGGGUGCGAGAACUGGUGAAGACCCAGGGGCAAGACCUGGGUGAGCCUGGCGGCAGACUGGGCAGAACUGGGGCCAGACCCUUCUGCAUGAGGAGGUAG